GCGCUUGAAUUUCUGUCAUAAAACGAGAGAAAAUUCUUAUGUGAAUUGAGUAGAUUUGACUUCGAUGAUACACGAUCGAUCAAACCACGUACUUUUUCUUCAAGGAACUAUCGGAUUAAUCCGGUCGAAAUUUAUAUAUUUGAUACUAAAUAUAUCCAUAUGAAUGUUCUUAUCUUCAGUGAGAUUACACUAUUCGUAGCACGAUAACGCGCGCAGUUUCGUCUAUCCGCCGUUUCGAAAGUACAGCAGCUCCCGCUCAGUUGUGUACGUUCUCUCGCGACUCAAGUUGGACACUUUCCAAAACGUACGCGCUUCUUGUAGGGUAACGAAACAAAUCAAUCGCACGGUUCGUGUAAUACUACGUAUAUAUAACGAGCGGUUCGUUCCGCCAACUUCAUAGGCGUACACGUGGCCGAGUGUAUCUCCAGGGACAUAUCUCGCGCGGGGCGUUUUAUUAGGAGAGGAGCGCGACAUCUCUCUCCGAUUGACCGCGUCGGAAACGCGCGAUGCGUGUCCCGGCGCGACGAAUCCUGCGAACGAUGUCCAGGUGUUAAUAACACGCCGGUCGUUUUCAAGCGGGGAAGGUAUGGAGGGUGUCAACGGUCAGCUGCAGACCAAGUACCAGAAGAUCGCCACGGAAUACUCAAAGAUUCGUGCGCAAGCGAACGUUCUGAAGAAGGCUGUGAUAGAGGAACAAACGCGUAACACGGAUAUUCGGAAUCAAUUGAAGGAGAAGGAGGUGGAACUACGUAGAGCCGAGCAGGAAUUGGACAGUUUGACGUUUCGCAAUCAGCAAUUGACAAAGCGUAUAACUGUGCUGCAGGAGGAAUUGGACAAAGCGCAGAACAGAUCCAAAAAGGGCAGGAACAAGCCGUCAGAGAACAACAGCAUCCCAGCACCGCCCAACAACAUCCUGGACGAGGAGUUUCAGAAGAAGAUAGUCGAGAAUGCUCAAUUGCUGUCACAAAUUAGCGACAAAGAUAGCGAAAUUGAGAGUUUGUACGAAAGGAUAGAGCAGCUAGAAUGCAAGGUCGACCAUAGCGAAAAGUCAAAAGUGGAGUCUGAGUGUCAGUACCAGAAUACGAUAGAUAAGCUGGAAAGAGAGAGGAAUGACUUGCAGAGGAAAUUAAACGACAGGCAGAAACAGGAAGAAACGGUGUCGUGGUCGAGCAAUGAGGGCAAACGCGAUGGUGGUUACGACUUUGAUGCGAGGGGAGUGCUCUCGAAUCAUCGUCAAACGGAACCGUCCCCGUUUUCCUCGCCGUCCGCCUCGCGUAGAUCCUCCAAGUCGUUCGGGGAGGGAAGGCCGCAAAAGCCGCAGGAGGAGAACAAUGAGUAUCUCUGUGCGAAAUCGUGCGACUUGGAGAAGGAGCUCAAUCAUUGGAAAGCUCAGUAUCAUAUACUCAAGAUCAAAUACGACGAGACGGAACGAAAGACCGCCGUCCCGGAUGACGCGUCGAAAUCAUUGGAGAUCAACAAUAUGGUCGGCAAGCUGAGCGCACCUUUCGCAUUGCCCGAAGAGAUUGGGGCUCGCGAAUUGAAGAUCAGAGACUAUUUCCUAGAGGAGAUUGAAAAGUUGAUCAACGAGAGAUACAUGUGUCACAUCAAGAAUUUGGCCAUGGCCGCUAAUAGCGAAGUUAUGCACGUUCAGUUGGAGGCGAGUGAAUCGAACCGAGAGAAAUGCGAAGCGGCACUGCUGGAAUCGCUUUCAAAUUGCACUAGCGUACAAAAGGAGAAGGAAACGCAAGAGGGAAAUUACAAGUCGCAACUCAACACCAUGAGCGAACAUCUCGCCAAUAUGAACGAGAAGCUCAUCUGCCAAACGGAGGAGAUACAACAACUGAAAUUUGAACUAGCCAACAAGAAUAGUAAAAAGGGAAAGCAAAAGUGAUCCGUAUAGAGAGCGCGUUUUCUUCGACAUUCCAUCAAGGUGACACGAUUUAACGUCGUCGACAUACAAUUUUAU